GAUAACGCAUCGAGGUGUAGACUGUGUCGUUAGACGUGAUACAGAGCGGCUGUACGGAUGCGUGCGUGGAUUUAAACAAGGAAAGGAAAAGCACCGGGUUAUGCUCUGCUCACAUCACAAUGGGAGAGGGACAGACCUACGUGAAGCUGAGCGCCGAGAAGCACAUCUCCAGGUCUGACGUCUUCUCGCUGCUCAGGACCUAUAACUGUUACCACGAGGGCAAGAACUUCCAGCUGAGAGCCCUGGAGGAGACAGGAGAGCUCAUCCUGGAGGGCUUGCUGAACAUCUACUGGGGUCUCCGGCGACCCAUACGGCUGCAGAUGCACGACGACAACGAGAGAUUCUGUCCUUCUGCUCCCGGCCUCAACCGGAAAGAGAAAAAUGCAGCGGUCAAGCAGUGGACCGCUGAGUCUAACAACAACUCAGAUGGCACACAGACUGAACCAGACCCAACCAGAGGCGCCAGGAGGGGUCUAGAGGAGGAGGAGGUGGAGGAGGAGGUGGAGGAGGAUGCCCCCCAGCUCCUGCGGACGCGGAGCGACGCCUCCUUCAUGGAGGUGCUGAGGAGGGUGAAGACACACAGCAACGCCCGCGACCUGCAGCGCCUCCGCACGCACCGCUUCUCCAUCAACGGACACUUCUACAACCACAAGACCUCUGUGUUUACUCCGGCCUACGGCUCAGUGACCAACGUGCGCGUCAACAGCUCCAUGACGACCCUCCAGGUCCUGAACCUGCUGCUCCACAAGUUCAGGGUAGAGAAUAAAUCGGACGACUUUGUCCUCUAUAUGGUGCAUGAGUCUGGUGAGAGGACACAGCUGAGAGAUGGGGAGUACCCACUGGUUGCCCGUGUCCUCUAUGGACCCUGUGAGAAAGUAUCCAGAAUAUUCAUCAUGGAGGCUGACCUGGGAGAAGAAGUGACCUACGAUGUGGCCCAGUACAUCAAGUUUGAGAUCCCCGUUCUCGACAGCUUUGUGGAGAAGCUGAAAGAGGAAGAGGAGCGGGAGAUAUCGAAACUGACCAAGAAAUACACCGCUCUGAAGUCAAAUAUCCUGCAUCAACUCGAGGACAAGGCUCUCUCCAGUGACACGGUUUAAAUUGAGGAGUGCCUCCAGGCUUGCACUGUGGGUGUGUGUGUGUUUGUAUGUGUGUGUGUGUGUGUGUGUGUGUGUGUGUGUUUGCGUGUGUGUGUGUAUGUGCGUGCGUGUAUAUGCGUGUGUGUGUUUGCGUGAGAGAAAGAGAGACCUUGCAAUAUUGCUGCUAGUUGACUGUUAAAGAGAUCCAACCACGCAAAGGCUGCGAUCAUUUUUUGAAUUUGUAAAAUUUAAUUCAUAGAAUACAUUUAAGAAUGUAAGAUUUGUAUUCUGCAUUUUCCAUGUUAUUCUGAAUAAAAAAUCUUUUUUCACUACAUUAUUAUAGUCA